UCACAUGGUGAGGUAAACACAUUUGUACCGAAAUUAUAUUCGAUGCACUAAACUUGUGUUUUAACCGGCCAAAAAAAAACCGCAGUAUCUCGAUAUGAUGGGAGAUUUAAAAGGAUUCAAAGUUCUGAAUUUGGAAUUUACGUUCAACAAUGAAAAACAAACUCGUCAAUUAUUCAUUCAAAAACAUAACGCAAAGAAAACAACGGACGACAAACCGAUCGGCAAAACACUAUUCAUAAUAAAUAUUCCGCCAUACAUAAAUGAAUCGCAGUUACAAUCAGCGUUUAGUUCACUUGGUAGCGUAGAGAAUAUAUUCAUAUCGGAAAAUACGAUUGAACACACCAAUGAUGACUCGAAUUCAAAUUCAAUUGCCGAUCAAUCGAAAUAUUUCAAUAAAUCGCAUGAAGUGCUCGGUUUUAAAAUGGCCUACGUAGUGUUUAAGCUGACAAAAUCACUGGAAAAAUCAUUAAAAUUAUCUAAAGUACAAAUUGUUCCGAAUGAAAAUGGCGAUUCGGAUCUAUUCAUCGGCAUUGAUAAAUGGAACAAACAGUAUAUGGAUAGUUUUAUUGAUGAGAAUGCAUUACAAGCCGACGUGGAUGAUUAUAUGCAUGCAUUUGAGGAACGUGAACAAGAGGAACGCGAAGAGGCCAGAAAAACCGAAGUGGAUGAUGACGGAUGGACGGUUGUAAAACGUGGAAAAACUGGUGGCGGUUUCCAACAAAAAGAAUCUAUUUUGAAAGCACUUGAAGAUAAGAUUGAAAAGGGAAAAGAAAAGAAAGAAUUUAACAAUUUCUAUGCGUUCCAAAUUCGACAAUCAAAACACAAGCACAUUGUCAGUUUGCGAAAAAAAUUCGCACAAGAUAAACUGAAAAUUGAAGCGUUGAAAAAAGCCAGACGAUUUAAACCAUUUUAAUUAAGUUUUCUCUUAAAUUUACUUGUUAUUACGUCAAAUUGAAUUUUAUUAUUCACACUUUUUUUUAAUGAAUUAAAGUACAUAUUACAAAUUGUAUGGAAUUAAA